AUGACCUCUGCAAUACCCAGAGACGUAAUAAUCAAAAUCGUCCACCAGCUGUUGACGGCCAGCACCUUGAUUAGUGAAGCGGCUGCAAUACUUCAGUCGAGGCUGCUGCUUUCUGAAAACCAAACAAGAGACACGUCGCAAUUGACACAUUGUGCCAACCAAUGUUCCGGAUCAAGAGCCCAGCCUGGAGGUGUUCAAUUCAUUCGUGAAGGGCCCUCGUUAGAAAGACCAGAGCCGGGACCUUCAAGCACCGGCUCCACUCGCGAGGCAGAGUCGUCAAUGCCACCCCCUAGUGUCAUACCGCAAGCCCCUCAGACUCAACUUACGGGCAAUAUUGGUGCAGUGAGGACAUCCACCCAAAGAUCUAUCAAGACGAGAGGUCCCUAUACCGCGGCAGCAUGUAUAGCUUGCCGUCGAGCGAAGAGAAAGUGUAUUAGUCUUUCACCUGGAAACGAGGAGUGCGCGCAAUGUAUAAUGCGCGACCAACCUUGUGUCUACCCUGCUGCGCCCGAAUCGGUCUCAGGAGCCUCUGUGGACAUGGGCGAAGGGUCUUCAAGUUCCACGUUGGACCUGAACAUCACGCCCACUGGCGAUCCUGCUCCACAAACAAACAACACAGAAAGCGGUACAACAUAA